AUGAAGUUCCUCCAAUCGCUCAGCACAUGUGUGCUCGCACUCUCUUCCCUCGUCAGCGCAGCAAGCUUCAGCAACCCACUCAAGCAAAAGGAUGGCUCAGACCCUCACAUCGCUUACACCAAUGGCUAUUACUACAUGAUGACGACGACAUGGACAAACCUUUCAAUCACGAGAGCGAAGACGCUUGGAGGCUUGAAGCCAGGAGAGACAAAGGUUGUCUGGACCGACUCGAACCCUGACAGAUGCUGCAACAUGUGGGCCCCUGAGCUGCACUACCUCGAUGGUGCAUGGUACAUCUACUAUACUGCCGGCCGCAGUGGUACCGACAACCUGGAUCUCCAGCGCCCUUAUGUGCUCAAAGGUGGUGCGGACCCAUUCGGCACAUACACCUACCUCUCCCAAUUGACCAGCGUAUGGGGUAUCGAUGGCUCUAUUGUCCGUUUCAGCAAAUGGGGUAACUACUUUGCCUGGUCUUGCUUCUCCGGCGCCCUUCAGUCACUCUGCAUCGCACCCAUGACCUCGCCUGGCAAACUCGGUGCCACCAAGAUCCUCUCUACACCUACUGAGUCGUGGGAAACCAAUGGUAGCCCUGUGCAAGAAGGCCCAGUUGCUAUGUACCACGGUGGCAAGACCUACAUCGCUUACUCGGCAAGCUUCUGCUGGACACCCAACUACAGCUUGGGUCUGCUCACCUGGAAUGGCUCGGGUGACCCGGCGCUCAGUGCGAGCUGGAAGAAGAGCGAUGGGCCCGUCUUCACCAAUGCCAACGGCAACUACGGGCCAGGUCACAACGGUUUCUUCACCAGUCCCGAUGGCACAGAGAUAUGGAACGUUUACCACGCUACUGCUAUUCAGACUGGCGCCUGCGACGGCAACAGGUACACGAUGGCGCAGAAGGUCAACUGGAACGCUGAUGGCACGCCGAACUUUGGAACCCCUAUCAGGCCAGGCGCCACACUUGCUGGACCUUCUGGAGACUCGAUACUGCCAGCUCAGCUAUUCAAUAUGGCUGCUGAGAAAACACCGCUCGUCGCGUCGGACGCGUCUGCUCCAGUGCAGCCAAGCCACGUGCAACGCUACUCCAAGCGUCAAGCGGUAGGAAGGCUGUUUGCCAUCGCCGCCACAGCUACCCUCAUACUCUAUGGAAUUCCGCAGGUCGACUAUGAGCCGACCGGCGACUAUCCAGAGGAGAGCGAGCUAUGUCUGACUCCAGCUUGUGUGCAUGCGGCCUCAGAGGUUCUCUAUAACCUAUCACCUCAGUACAAAGAGCUUGACCCAUGCGAUGACUUCGAAGAGCUCGUCUGCGGUGGCUGGAGAGACCGCCAUGACUUGCGAGCUGACCAGGGUGAUGCCUUUACCGGCACAAUCAUGUCGGAAAACUCACAGAUGCUGCUUCGCCACAUUCUCGAGGCUCCUUAUCCCAAAGACUCCGAGCAUUCUUACUUCUCACCCAUGCAGCUUAUGUCAACUGCCAAAUCCGCCGAUGAGGAGAACUUUGACAAGAUGAGAGCGGCUUACGAUGCGUGCCUCAACGAAGACAAGAUCAAGAGCAUUGGCGCUGGGCCUUUGAAGCAGGUCCUUGACGAGAUCAAGAAGACGUGCUCUGCCAUUGCUUCGGACUCCAACUCGAUCAAGGACACUAUCCUUCUUCUGGCCAAGUACGGUAUCACUGGUCUUGUUUCGACUGGUACCGGUGCCGACGAUACCGACCCCGACACUGUUGUCGUGUCUGUUGGUGCCCCGUACAACUUCGGACUACCUUCCAAGGAGCGCUACGAAGACGAGAAACUCGUUGAGAAAUACCGUGGUGUCGCUGUUGAAGUUCUCAGCGCGAUAUACCCCGACCAGGACAAAGCUGUAUUUGAGGGUAUCAUUGAUCUCGAAAAGAAACUCGCGGCAGCAUCUCCAAGCGAAGAAGAUCGCGAGGAUGUCACGAAGUCUUACAACCCAUUCUCGAUAGACGAUGCGGCUGCGAUCGCUCCCGAAAUCGAGCUGAAAGCGCUUCUCGCAGGUCAGGCCCCAGAAGGCAGCGACAUCAAACGCGUCAUUGUCACGACCCCGAACUAUCUGAAGGAGCUGUCUGUAAUCCUCGCAGCUACACCCGAGGAUGUUCUUCAGGCCUACUUCAUUUGGAAGGCCGUCCAGUCUCUCUCUGCUUACGUCGAUGCGGAUGCUGUUAAGCCAUACCGUCGGUUCGUCAAUGUCCUCGCAGGCAAAGACCCUGACUCCGCUCCUGAGCGAUGGCGAUCAUGUGUCAGCCACGUCGAUAACGGAUUGGGCUGGAUCUUGAGCCGCUUCUUCGUAGAGAAGGCCUUCUCCGCUGAGGCCAAGAAGUUUGGUGAUACCAUUAUCACAGACAUCAAGACCGAGUUCGCCAAGAAGCUGAACGCUGCUGAAUGGAUGGACAAGGAUACUGCGAAGAAGGCUGUCGAGAAGGUGCACAACAUCGUCCAGAAGAUCGGCUACCCCACCAAGAGCCCGAACAUCAUGGACCCGCCUACGCUUGAGGAGUAUUACGAGACCGUCAAUGUUUCAUCAGACGCAUUCUUCGCCAAUGCGCUUGCCAUGCGUCGCUUUGAGGUUAAAGAAGAGUGGUCCGCCCUCGGAAAGCCUGUGGAUCGCGAUCAGUGGGAUAUGUCUGUCCCAACAGUGAACGCCUACUACAACCCUCCCGGCAACGAGAUCGUCUUCCCUGCCGGUAUCAUGCAGUUCCCAGUCUUCGACGUCAACGUACCCGCGUACAUGUCCUACGGUGCUUUCGGCUCCGUUGCUGGUCACGAACUCAGUCACGCUUUCGACAGCACUGGUCGUCACUACGACCAGAACGGCAACCUCACCGACUGGUGGUCAAACUCAACAGUAGAGGCCUUCGAGCAGAAGGUCAAAUGCUUUGUUGACCAAUACUCCAACUUCACCGUCCCCGGCCCCGACGACAAGCCUCUGCACGUCAACGGCAAGCUUACUCUUGGCGAGAACAUUGCCGAUGCCGGUGGUCUCUCUGCGUCUUUCCAGGCUUGGAAGCGCCGCUCGGCCGAGACGCCCAACCAGAACCUUCCUGGUCUAGACCACUUCUCGCAAGAGCAGAUGUUCUUCGUUAGCUACAGCAACUGGUGGUGUGGUAAGACCCGUAAGGAUACCGCCAUCAACCGUGUGUACACCGAUCCUCAUGCACCUAAGUGGGCGCGUAUUCUGGGUACCAUGGCGAACUCGAGGGAGUUCAGGGAGAGCUUCCAAUGCAAGGUGAAGGAGCCUACUUGCCAGCUUUGGUAG